AUGAAAAGGAAGAACGAAGAGAUGCAAGUCGAGCUGUCGAACUUGCGCCAGCUCUACGACCUUUUGCGGCUUCGUCCUGAGCAAGAGGCUCUGGCUAUUCUUCGAAAGAUCAGGACAGAUUCUCUGGAUGCCUCACAAGCUCAACAAACUCAUUCAUUAGUCGACUUUAUUCAACAAGGACAGUCUACGAGCGGACCGUCCGUUGUUACACAGACUUCUGAUCCUGCUCAUCCCUUGACCCUGCCAUCUAUACGCCUUGCCCUCGAUUCUCCGAGCUCCGAUCCUAAUAGCUUGCCUUUCACGAGCAUAUUUCCGAUAGGCUACGACGAGCCUACAAGCCAGCGAAGACGGCACGCUUCAGACACUGACGUCUCCGCUCGCACCAACGAGUUUCAGCGGAUAGUUUUGACCAACCCCAGUUCAGAUGCUUUUAAUUCAAUUCCACCGCCCACUUCGAUAGAUUCGCUUUUGCAUCCAGAUACCGACGCCUCUUUUGACCCUAGACUGGAAGGGCUCCCGAAGUGGACUCCAAUCACUAAGGAUGCACGGUUUCUGACUCAUCUUAUGAAUCUCUGGCACAAGUGGGAGUACAGCUACUAUCACUAUCUGGACUGGGAUAUCUUCCUCGAUGAUCUCUCGAGUGGUUGUACUGACUUUUGCUCUGAGCUUCUAGUCAAUGCAGUCUUAGCUUCCGCGAGUUUUCACUCAUCACUCGUAAGGAAUCGAUCGAAACCAUUUGGCGACAGCCUUAUAACCCGCUUCUACCGGGAAGCUCGGCGGUUGUGGGAGGCCGAAGAAGGCGUAGACAGUCUUACUCGAGUUCAAGCUGCCCUGGCUCUGUUCAUGGUAUUUGGCAAGCAUGGUCGAGACAGAGUUGGUUACAUGUUCCUCCAAGAGGCUUGUCGGCUCGCUAGAACGUUGGGUCUUUUCCGCCUACCGUCACCUGCGACUCAAAGGCCGCCACACAUCCAGCAAGAGAAAUGGGAUAGGGCUCGAGCCGUUACGGCGUGGGCGCUGUUCAAUUUCCAAUUAAUGCAAUACUACGUAUCGAUCAUCCGUUUGUUUCAGCCGUUUACCCACUAUGAGAGCUCGAACGAGCGGAUAAGUUCAUAUCGUGACCAAGCCCUUCUGCGAACAUCAACAGCGAACAAAGAGCUCCGCCAGCUCAUCGUCCUCCACGACAGUCUCCAUGGCUGGGCAGCCACGAUUACCAUCAUCCUGCAUCCACUUGUUAUAGCGGUAUUUGGAUCACUCGACGAGAUUGUUAGCCAGGAGAACCCCGAUUUUGUGUGGGAAACCAACGAAGCCUACAGAGGCCUUCUGACAUGUUUGCGUGGGCUGAGCGUCAUCACGACAUAUAACUUCUACUCGCAAUCCUUAUUUCGGCUCGUCACGCAAUCCUGCCAAUCCCUUGCAAUCCCGUUGCCUACAGAAAUAACGAGCGUCUUGGAUCGCUUCCAGAGCGACGAGUGGACCAAGACGGCGGCUAGCAUGGUAAGCAGCCAGUACAUUGCAGACAUGCGCAGGACAGUUUCGGGUAUGGAAAACGCUCGCAUGGAUACUAUCAUCUCACGCUGGGAUGCCCUCACCAUCAAAGAGGAUCCUGACAAGAGACAUGCCCACUCUUGA